GCGGGUUGUGGCUGCUGGGUCGGCCCCAUGCACUGCACCAGGUACGGGCGAGCCGCGCCGCCAGCCCCGGCACGGUGGUAAUGGGGAUGAGUAAUAGACUAUUUUCCUCACAAGCAAGCAAUGGCUGUGGAUGUAGCAAUGCAGCUGUACCUGUGCUCUUCACCCUUGCGAAGAGAGAAGUGUGCCUGCAAAAUUGCUCCAAAGCCAAGCAAGCCAUUGCGACCCUGCAUCCAGCUGAGUAGCAAGGCUGCACUGAACGGACCAGAAGAGGCAACGAGCUCCUUCACACACAACAAAGUGAAGAAGAGGGUGUCAUUUGCAGAUAGCAGAGGCUUUGCUCUGACGAUGGUGAAGGUGUUCUCGGAGUUUGAUGAUCCACUAGAUAUUCCUUUCAACAUCACAGAGCUGAUAGACAAUAUUGUGGGUCUGACAACAGCGGAGAAGGACAACUUUGUCCUGGAUUUUGUUCAGCCCUCUGCAGACUACCUGGCCUUCAGAAACCGCCUUGAGAACGACUGUGUUUGCCUUGAAAACUGUGUGCUAAAGGAACGAUCUGUUGUGGGAACGGUGAAGGUGAAGAACCUCGCUUUUGAAAAGACUGUGAAGAUCCGAAUGACGUUUGACACCUGGAAAAGCUUUGUAGAUUACCCGUGCCAGUACGUCAAGGAUACGUAUGGAGGGUCAGAUCGGGACACAUUUUCCUUUGACAUCAACUUGCCUGAGGGAAUUCAAUCACACGAAAGAGUCGAGUUUGCCAUUUCCUUUCAGUGCAAUGGGAAGAUGUACUGGGACAACAACAGGGGCACAAAUUACAGGAUCACAUGGUCAACACUGAAGUCUGCUCAGGAAGCCAGCCAUCCCCCACAGGGCCCUGACUUUGGCUGUGCAUUUGACCGGUUUGGGAGCCCUCAGUGCUCCUAUGGCCUCUUUCCUGAGUGGCCCAGUUAUUCAGGCUUCGAGAAGCUCGGGCCCUACUACUGACCCAAGGACAAAGCCCAGGUUGACUGUUGCUGGCGUGUCUGCAGGCUUUGGGGCUGGUCUGAACACGAGGUGUAUGAAGAGGUGGAAGAAGGAUGGCUCUGUAGCUUGGCAUAAGCCUCCCAGCAAAACUAGAUGUGCAGUGCUCUGCUGGCAGUGGACUUAUAGUCAGGGAAGCAAUUCUUGCUCUCCAGAUGAUCAAAGGACCAGGGACUGUUGCUCAUGUCUCUUUAACACUGCUUCUUCCUCCUCUUCAGUAAAGUUGCCAGUCUCCAGGGAAAACACUACAGUGCUUAUAUUGUCUAUCCAAGCCAUGUAGUGGUGGCUGCUUGGUAUUGCCUGCCUAGUAUUAAAAGAGUCUGUCAAAAUAUGUACUAGUAUUAUAUUUUUAGCAGGCUGUACUAUAGCUGCAGGGCUCUCCUUGUGAAGCUGGCCUGUGCCUGUCAGGAAAUGGAGUGGUAGGAUGGCUGGGAAUGGAGUCCUCUCUUUGCACAUGUCCUUGUAGUGAGGCCCUUCCUACUGGAGGCAGAAAGGGUGUUUUGGAAAUGAAAAUGCAAUGUGAUGACAGGAAAUGUGGCCCUACAGCCUGCCGUAUUAGGAGACGUGCCUGUGGGAGAGGAUCUGAUUUGCUUAGUCACCAGUUGUUUUAUCAGAUGAUCUUGAAAAACUCUCAUACCAUUGGUGUUACCAAAAAUAGAGAUUAGCUGUAGCUGUGUGGUGCUUGUAACACAGCUAUGGGUUGACAUCUUUAACUGCCUUCUUCAAAACUUUCCUGUUUCUUUAAUCGUAAGUGAUCAAUGAUGCUUUUUCCUCUUGAUGGACAUCAGAAGUCAGCUGUUGGCUGUGCUGGACCCUGAAAACGCAGUUCCUCCUCCUGUGGACUGUAAAAUAGAGUUUUGUCCAGCUGGGGCCCAGAGUCCUGUGCAGGAUUCUCUGCUCAGGUGUUAAAAGAGCUAAACGCAAAUGGACCACAUGGCUGUUUCAUGCUGUGUCCUGUAUAGGAAGGUGACUCUUGUGUACCUACUGUGAUGGAAGUGCCUUGACUGAGAAAGGGAUGACAAUGCUUUGUGAUAAACAGGCUUUGGAACUGACAUUGCUUUUAAGAUCUCAUAAUGGUUUGUUACUCUGAGCCAUGGACUGCUUGGCAACUAAAAGCCUGGCACUGCUCACAUGUGAGGAUGCUGUGGCUAUACUGGAUGAACAGCAACAUGCUGGGCUUUCUUUGCUGUUGAAGCAGUAUGGCAUUUCAACCUGUAAAUGCCCAGACUUUGCAUCUCUCUGCCCAUAAAAAGUGGCUCACCCCACCUAUGCAAAGAACUAGCUGUGAGGAGAGUGAGUUGUGGGGUUAUCCUGGCAUCACCUCUGGAUAUGAAACUAAUCACAGAUGUGAACCAUCCCUAUCUUCUGAAUGUGUGCUGAGGUGAGGUGGCAAGCUUGUACAGUGCCCAACAGCCACACAAAGCUUCUUGGGUGCUAACCAAGAAGAAUAACUUCAUCCCUCAGCUCAAAGGGAGAGUGCUGAAUAGUUUGUAGAAACAGAGGUCAAAGCAAUCUUACUUUUUCUAGUGCAUAAGCUUUGUAUAAUUUUUGGGUGCCCAUGAAUGGGCUGGAGAGAAGCAAUGGGCUAGACUAUUUAAUUUUGUUAACAUAGCUUUUAAUUCUAGAGACUACUGUAUAAAAUACUUACAAGCUGUUUUACUCUAACCUAGAAGGGAUACUGGGAUCACUGUUGGAUGCUGAAAGGGACAAGAGCUUGCAGGAAGAGUAGCUAGCCUUCAACUGCUGCUUUUUCAAAGUGCAAAAUCAAUACAUGUCUUCACUGUGCUUGAUCACUUAGUUGAGGUGGUGAAUCUACUUGCCAGCCCAGAGAUCAUCAGGCUUGGUUCCUCUAUUAUAACAGCUUCCCAAGUCAGCCUUUGUAACCUGCAUCUGGUCUCUCUGGAAGGGACUGUUGCCUAGCUUGGCUUGGUUUUAAACUUAAAGGAAGUUUGAGUGACACUGAUACUUUUUAUUUAUUUAGUGUAUGAUGCUAAUGUUGUAAAACACUGACUGUAGAAAAGUUGUGUUCUCCUGGCACAUUCUCAUGCCUGUGGAGAGCUGUUUGUGAGCCAAAAUAAGGCAUGUGGAUCUGGGGUGCUGUGGAUGGUGGUAUCUCCUUAUGGGGCCUGCUUGUUUUCAGGCUGUGCAUUGGGUGUGCUUAGGGAGGAACAUGGAAGAUGAGCUAGAAGAGCAAUGCCAUAAGUAAAAGCCAGGUUGGGAACUGACUAUUUGACCAAUAGCGGUUUAAAAAUACUACUUGUGGCCUUUCCCCUUUUCCCUUUUUCCACUGCCAAUGUGAACAUAGAAGUGAGGGUUGCUCUCCUUGCUCUAUGCCUGGAAGUGCCUUGUAGGGUGUUAUGCAUGUUGGUUUUUAAAAGAUAUUUUUGUACACAACAUUCAAGUGGAAAAUGCACUUUAUAAUUGCCAUGUAAUGACUUUUAAGAAUAUGGUUCUGUUUUUAUCUGAUUGUUAAAAUAAAGGUGGAACAAAA